AUGGCGCCGACGCGCACCCGUAUUCUCGCGCUCGCGCCCGUCAUCCUCGUCGUCGUCCUCUGCCUCGAAGGGUGCCGGGCGCAGCAGCAGCAGCAGCAGCAGCAGCAGCAGCCUCCUUCCACCGCCGAGCUCUGGGCGGAAUACUUGAACAUCGACCCCGCCGCCGCCGCGGCCGACCCGACCGCUCGCCUCGCCGACGACGACGUUCCCGACUUCUGGCCGGACGGCGAGGACCUCGAGCCGGACAUCAAUACCACGUGCGCGGAGAUGGGUCGCGACCACUGCCCAUACGAUGCAAACUACGAACGCGCGUCCAUCCUCUGCGAGUGGAAGGCGAAGGGCGCGACAAACUGGAUGGUGCGUUCCACCGUCAGGGGCUACCCGUACGUCACGGAGGGCGAUGCCGUGAGCGGCGACCCGCUCGCCGCCGCGGAUUGGCUCCGCAUAGCUUUCCACGAGACUGGUCAGUUCAUGUGGAAUAACCGGCGCGGCACCGGCGACGACGGCUCGUUCUGGUACGAAGCCAACGCGAAAACGGCGCCGUCAAAGUUUGCCGCUAACUUUGAGCUGUGGGAGCAGACCCUGGACGCCAGGAAGAAGGUGUACCGCACGGUAAACAGGUGCGGCGCGUCCGUCGAGGACGCGUGCAGGUACCCGUGCGAGGAGGUGUGCGACUACGUGGAUCAGACGCUGUUCCCGGGUUUUAAACCCACCGGCUCGGCGAGCUCCAGCUGCGACGAGAGCCUCGAGGAUACCGCCGCGGAGGAUUUCCCCGUCGAGGCUACCCGCGGCGGCUACGCCGCCGCGAGCUACUCGACGCGAUCUGGAAGCUCCUCUGGAAGCUCCUCUGGAAGCUACUCGACGCGAUCGGCGACCCGUCCGACCACCCCCGCGCGGACGUCGACGACGCGCGCGGUCCGAGUGGCUCGUCACGCAUCUUCGUCUCCUUCCUCUCCUUCUUCUUCUUCUUCUUCUUCGUCCGCCGGUUCAUCGUCUGCUUCCAGAUCAUCCGCCGGGUCGGCGUCCUCAUCUUCGUCUUCUUCUUCAGAGGCUGGCGGUCGAGCGACGCCGCGCUCCGUCCGCCGCCCCGGCCGCGUCGAGCACCCACGCCACCACGACGCGGACGCGUGGAUGAUCGCCGCCGCGCUUCCGGAGGGGUUCCGAACUCCGUUCGACCAGACUGCCGCGCUCGCCGAGGGCAAAGGUACGAGCGCUUGCUACUCUCGGUGCCGCUCCGACUGCGCGGAGCAUCACGGGAACUCGCUCGAGACGGAGCCCGGAUACGUACCCGGACACGACACUACUUCGAGUAGUUCGUCCCGAAAAGACGUCGAGUGCGAGGUUUCCUUCGCGGACGUCCUUCAGUACGCCGGCGCCGCCUCCGUCGAGGUCACCGGCGGCCCCAAGCUUCUGCGACACGUCAAGCCCGGCCGUUGCGACGCGAACGGCCCCGACGGAGCCUUCAUCUUACCCGCGUCUCACGGCCAGAGCGUCGCCGACAUGGUGAACACGAUACCGUUCUUCAAGCAGUGCCACUGCGCCGGUACAUCGCACCUCGUGGCGCUGACCGGGGCGCACACGCUCGGCCACGCGCACUCCAGGCACGUCACCGACUGGUGCGUCCAGCAGUCGCUGCCAAACACGGAAAACUCGAGAAACCUGGACGCCACCCCGGACGUGUUCGACAAUACCUUCUGGAAACACGUGACCCGCGCGGAGUGCCCGCGCUUUCGCAAGCACGCGGAUCAUUACGACAGGUGCACCGCGCCCUACCUCGCCGACUCGUACGCGCAAACGACCUGGCCAAGGCUCCAGCCGACAAAGCAGGACUGCGACGAGCCCUUCGCGUGGAAUAACACGAACGACACCCUCUGGUACGAUCGAUGGGGCGACACGUGCGACCCGCGCGAUGAACCUCGCAGGUGUGCGAACGUGACGUCCGCGGACAGCGGCACGUGCAGCUCGAGCGUGUGCGGCGGCGAGUGCGUCCCUCCCGAGCGGUCCACCAGGUGCGAGUGCGACGUGUGCGAUUCCGCGUUGACGAAUCGCGAAUUUUGCACUGGAGCCGCCACGUGCGGCACCUUUCACAGCGAUCACAUGCUCUGGGCCACGCGCGAGACGUACCGCGAGGUGGAGCUGUACGCGACGGACCAGGCCAAGUUUUUUGCCAAUUACGCGCUCGCCCACGUCAGGAUGGCUCACGUUGGGUGCGAGGCUUGCGGCGUAGGGACUGACCUCACGUCGGAUCCGUGCGCCGGCGGCGGCGACGACCACCACGACCACCACCACUGA